UUGGUACUAAGUAGUAAAUUACACAUUAGUAUAAAAUCCGAUCAAUGGCCAAUUGUUUAUCAUCAUUUUUACAACAUUUCAUUUUUUGGUAUCGAAAAAUUACAUCCAUUCGAUUCACAAAAAUGGGGACGUGUUUAUGCUAAACUUAUCGAAUCAGGAAUGAUUAGAGAGGAUCAAUUCGUUUUAGCAUCUGAGGCAACUUAUAAUGAUUUGCGUGUCGCUCAUGCUGCGUGUUAUUUAAAUUCGUUGAAUUGCUCUUUCAAUGUUGCACGUUGCGUGGAAGUCUUUUUUGUUGCAUUUUUACCAUCAUGUAUUGUCGAUCGUUAUCUUCUUCGAUCUUUUAGAUAUCAAACAGGUGGUUCUAUUAUGGCAGCUAAAUUAGCUUUGGAGCGUAAUUGGGCAAUAAAUGUUGGUGGUGGAUUUCAUCAUGCUAGUCGAACUCGUGGUGGAGGAUUUUGUGUCUAUGCUGAUAUAACAUUGGCUCUUAAAUUUUUAUUUCUUAAACAUCUUAUCAAGCGAGCAAUGAUCGUCGAUUUAGAUGCUCAUCAGGGCAAUGGUCACGAACGCGAUUUUUCUGGCGAUCGACGAGUUUACAUAUUCGACAUGUUUAAUUGUCAAAUUUAUCCGAAUGAUAAAAUUGCGCGAGAAGCGAUCACUCGACCUGUACCAUUACUUAUCGGAACUUCGGAUGGUGAAUAUAUCCAGCAACUAUUGGAUAAUCUUAAUAAUGCUUUACUUGAAUUUACUGCUGACAUUAUCAUUUAUAAUGCCGGCACAGACUGUCUUGAUGGUGAUGCACUUGGUUUAUUGUCGCUUUCAGCGAAGGCAGUAAUCAAGCGUGAUGAAAUUGUUUUUGGAUUGGCUAGGCAACAUCAUAUUCCUAUUGUAAUGUUGACGAGUGGCGGCUACAUGCGAAAUAGUUAUGAAGUAAUUGCUAGAUCAAUUCUUAAUUUACACGAGAAAAGACUCAUUACUUGUCCUUGA